UCAAUGAAGUGUCAGUCUCUAGAGUAGGAUCUCUAACUAAAAUUUCACUAGCAAGUUUUAAAGUUUCCCUCAAAAAUCCUGCCCAAUUUAAAAAGUGAAACCUUCUUCUGAUAAACUAUAUAGACUAGCUAAACUUGAAAAUGAAUAAGAAAACAUCUCCUCAAACACAAAUAAUCUGGGAUAAGAAAAAGACCAUGCUACUCAUCAGCAAGUACAACGCGGCCCCAAUUCUCUGGGAUCCAAAUUGCAAGACAUACCGAAACCGGGAACUGAAAUCCAAGGCAUUUGACGAUCUGGCCAAGAAUAUGAAGAUGUCGAAGAAGGAAGUACAGAGGAAGCUUCACAAUCUCAGAACUCAGUAUAACACCGAAGUGAGAAAGCUGCAAAAGAAUGGCAAGUCCAGUGAAGUCAAAUGGGAGUAUUUCGAUGCUAUCAAGUUCAUCAAUGGAGGCAGCAAUCGUCCGCUCUUGGAAGAUAGCACGACCAACCUGAGUAUCGACGGAAAUACGACGUUCACGAAUAUCGAGUACAAAGACGUCUCUUCAGUGACUCCAAAUAGUGGAAUAUUUCAUAGAGAAGAUGAAGUGUCUAGAGACCAAAUUAUUGAAUUCAACGGACAUGAUGUUCAAUCUUCACUGAAUUUUGGCGGUCAAAGCAUUACGAUGGAAAUCCAGGAAGAUCAUCCACAAACCCAAAAUAAAACUUCAACAAACUUUGAAACAUCGCGAGAUGAUCAUCAAAUUUUUGGAGAUUUUGUUGCUUCUGAAUUGAGGAGUCUCAACACUGAUUUUAAACGCAAGAAACUUCGUUUAGCCAUUCAAAGGGCAAUUCUGGACAUAAAUGAGUUACCUUAAUUUUUUUAUAGUUAAUAUUUUUAUCAUUAUCAUAUCAAUAAAUGGUGUGGAUUAAUCCACACUUGAAUACA